AUGACCAGCAGCAGCAGCACCGGCACCUGUAGCAGCAGCAGCAGCAAGAACAGCAGCACCACCAGCACCAGCACCAGCACCAGCACCAGCGCCAGCACCAACACCAGCACCAACACCAACACAAGCAGCAGCAGCAGCACCGGCAGCAGCAGCAGCAGCAGCAGCAGCAGAGCUGCCCGCAUUCAGCAGCAGCAGCAGCAGCAGCAGCAGCAGCAGAAGCAGCAGCAGGAGGUGGAGGAGGAGCAUCUUCUCCUGGAGGCAUUUCUUUUGCAGCUGGCAGCAGCAGCAGCAGCUCUGCUGCAGCAGCAGCAGCAGCAGCAGCAGGAGCAGCAGCAGGAGAAGGGGGGCGAGGCCCAAUGCUAG